UCUAGUGUUUAACCUUUGUCAUGAUACGAUAAAUUAGUAUGAUUUCAAAAGGCUUCAUCCUUGAGUUAUAUAGCGGUGAUAACGUACGUAGCCCUGGACGAUGGACGGACGAUUUCGGACAGAUGGUCAUCGUCAGAGGCUAGGCCUAUAUGGAGAAUCGUUCUAUGAGUAAUAUACCGGUUUUGUCAGUAUUAUCCAAGAAACAAGCACCGUAAUCCCUGACCGUGGAACAGUAGACUACACUCGAUCGUUUCCGGCGAUAUGCUGAAGUAAGAAUGUAUUAGUGAAAAUUGGCAGAUAAUAUUGUGCUCGGUGAGUGGACGGAGGUAUACAUAAAGAUGUUUGGUGGUUUAACAGUUACGGACGAAGAGACGGCCUACGCUCUUACGAUAUGGGACUACAUGGGCUUACACCAUCAGGUCAAAAAGAGCGACAUAAUCCUCGUAUUGGGUAACCAUGACACCAGAACAGCCGAGUAUGCAGCCAAAUUAUUUCUGGAUGGAUAUGCGGACUGGCUGAUGUUCUCUGGAGAUCAAGGGGUCCUUACAACAGGAAAGUGGGAAAAGACAGAAGCAGAAGUAUUCUGUGAGGUAGCCUUAAAAAUUGGGCGUUCCUAGAGAGAAGAUUAUACUGGAAACUCGGGCAACAAACACUGGGAAAAAUGUUUCAUUUUCCUACAAAGUUCUUCAAGACAAAAACUUGCUACAGGACUUACGCAGUUUCAUACUUAUACAGAUGCCUCACAUGGAGAGACGUGUUUACGCAACAUUCGUGAAACAGUGGCCGGGAGAUACAGCCAGUCUGGACAUAACCGUUUCAUCGCCUCCAAUUCCAAUGUUAUUGUACCCUAACGACCACGUCGGCACGCUACACGAUGUGGUCACGGUGCUGGUUGGGUCAUUGUACAGAGUCAAGGUCUACCCUGACGUAGGAUUUCAGAUAGAACAGGACAUUCCUAAAAAGGUGUGGUCGUGCUACGAGAAAUUGAUUAGUACUGGAAAAUAUAGCGGUCACAUGAUUAAGGUUUAAUAUUGUAAUGAAUAAUGACUGAUUUAGGCUGAAUCGUUUUUCAGUAUGACGGAUUGGUAUAUAUGCUUAUAAAUCUUCAUUCAGCAGAAUCUGAUACCACCAUAAGCACCACUAGAGGA